UGCAAAACGGCAUUGAGUACUUCUUCUCAUUUACAAAUUGGCAUUGAAAGAAAAAAAAAACACAGUGGACACAACAAAAACAUGGCUGAUGAUGCAAGAGAAGAAGAAGAAGAACAGAAAAUGAUAAGAAUGGAAGGAGUAGCAUCAAUUGCAUUGCUUCCAAAUGGUUCAAUUUCAGGACACUUCAUUCAUCUUCCUCAUUCCACUUGUUAUGGUCUUCAUGGCACUGAAUUGGAAUGUGAAAGGGAAUGCAGUAAGGGUGAGGACUAUCGCCUCGUCAAACUCACAAUCACAGAUUUCAAUACGAAGAAAGAACAAACCACUGUUGUAGAAUGCAAAGGCCACGAUGCUGCUCGGUUCCACAGCAUUGAUCAUGCUCAUGGUUGGGAUAAAGAGAUCACGGGUAUGGUUGAAAAAAACGACGGAAAGAAAAGAAUCACAGUUUCUUUCGAAUGUGAGACACUGAAAGCUGAGAAUGCAGCUGAAGACCACAUCAGGCAGUUCAUGCCGAAACUAACUGGAAUGGAUGCUGUUGUUAACAUUGGAAAGAUGACGAUAUUUGGGUUGGACUUUGGAGCCGAAGACGAAGAAACUGAGUAGAAAGUUUGAUAUUGUAAUUAGUUAGUAUCCAAUUAGGCUAGUGAGAGAAAAACUAAAUUGCAUGAAUUUAAAUUCUGCAGAAAACUAUUUUGUAGAUUGGCAGGAACUUCUGGAUUUGUGGCAGGUAGGAAAUCAAAUUGUCUGAUCAAAUAUAAGGAGGCUCUUUCACAUGUUAA